AUGGAUCAAUUCACCACCCAAACAAUCCACCAACUUCCGCCUAGUUCCGCCAGUAUCAAGAGAGAGAUUUGCUGCACUAUCUGUUUCGUCUUCAUCUUGAUCUCUUCCAUCAUUACUUUGAACCUUGGGAGCUCUUCAAAGUCACUACCGUUGUUCCGUUUCGAUCAUUUCUUCCCUCGGAAACCAGCCAUAUUCCAUCAUAGACCACCCUUAAGGCCUUGUGAUUAUUCCUACGGCCAAUGGGUUCGGGUUGACCAUAAAAAUCCGGUCCAGUUGUACGACGAAAAGUGCCCGUUCCUCGAUCCCGGUUUCCGGUGUCGUAGGAAUGGAAGAAAAAACGUCGAGUAUCUCAAAUGGAGAUGGAAGCCCCAUGACUGUUAUGUUCCCAGAUUCAAUGCCACCGAUUUCUUGGAACGGAGUCGAAACGGACGGAUCGUGUUUGCUGGUGAUUCUAUGGGAAGAAAUCAAUGGGAGUCCCUGCUUUGCAUGUUGGCUCAGGAUGUUUCAAACAAAUCUGCAAUCUUCGAACAAAACGGAAGCCCCAUAACCAAGCACAAAGGCUUUCUUUCAAUGAAGUUCCAGGAUUACAACCUCACCGUCGAAUACUACAGAACACCUUUCAUAGCGGUCCUCGGUCGCCGACCUAUAAAUGCCCCCGCCCAAGUCAAGGUAAUCGUUAAGGUAGACCAGUUGCAUUGGCGUUCCAAACAAUGGAAAGGAGCCAAUGUCAUUGUCUUCAAUACAGGCCACUGGUGGAACAAAGAGAAAAUUGCUAAAAUGGGCUGCUAUUUUCAGGAAGGCGGGACAUUGAAUAUGACAAUGGAUGCCAUGGAAGGUUUUACUAGGUUUCUUGAAACAUUGAUGUCAUGGAUAACCAACAACUUAAACCCACAAAGAAGCCAUGUUUUUAUCCGAACUCAUUCACCGGUUCAUUUCAUGAAUGGCACAUGGGAUGAUGGGGGAGUGUGUGAUGCAGAAACAGAACCAGAAAAAGACCAGAAGAAGCUUAAACCCGAAUCCUGGAAUAAUCAAUAUAUUGGCAAUAUGACCAAAGAAAUGAACAAAGGAAGCUGGAAGGUCCGAUUGUUAAACAUUACGUAUCUGACGGGGUUCAGGAAAGAUGGUCACCCUUCCAAGUACCGUGAGCCGGGGAUUUCUCCGGUUGCACCCCAAGAUUGCAGCCAUUGGUGCCUGCCUGGUGUACCAGACACAUGGAACCAGCUUCUUUAUGCUCAGUUACUUUCAAUGGAAUUUAGAACCAAAUGAUCCCAGAACUGGGGAAAUCACAAAAAAAAAUAGACAAAAUUUACAAAUUAUUUACAACCCAAGUGAUCCCCUAAAUUAUGGAAAAUGAUUCAAAUGAAAAAGAGACAUAG